GGAUACCACCAGCUUGUUUCAAAAACAAACUCAGAGACAAUGAUUUCAGCAUUAGAGUGUGGCCAGAUUCCUGGUGUAGCUAGGAGCUACAUGCCCUCUGACAAUCUCUAUCUCCCUGGAUACUGUACACAAAAGGCUUCACAACUUGUAUGUGCCUAAUAAAAUGCAGCCCUAAGGAGUAGCUUUCAGUUCUCUGUGAUAGGCCUGAAAAAACAAAUCUAUUUAUUGAGUGUGUAUUUGAGAAUUAGAAAUUCAGUCACUCCAUCAAAUGUGACAAAACAAUGGAUUCUAAUGGCAAACCUGUGAGGAUGUAACUUUUAGUGAUUUUAUUUUGAAAAUAUAUAAAGAUCGGCUGUCCCACAAAAAAAUGGCAAUGGAGAAAAGGCCAGACAGGUCAGCAUCAUCCCUUUCUGAAACUUCAGAGGUGGCCAUCAGUCCUGCAGCUGAGAAGGAGACUAAUGUUCGACAUUCACAAGGUUUUCCUAGAGUAUUAAGAGGCUUUAACAGAGAAGAGCCAUUUCCACGUUUAGUGAAUUCCAAAAGCAGCAACUCAUCAGUAUCUGAUACAACAGAAAAGACAGACAAUGGCACAGAUGACCAAGAAGAAAAUACAACACAAAGUUAUAAUGAUAAAAUUUACUCAGAAGACUCAAACAGUGAAGGUUCUUUUAGCUUGUACCUGGAAAGGAUACUAAAUGCGGAAAGUGAGUUUGCUGACACUGAGUUUCCAGCAGAUGCACUUAGGCUUUUUGAAUACCCACUCCUCUCUGCGAUCGGCUGGCCCACCAUACUGGCCUACAAACAGGAGUCAAGAGACAAAGUUCUGGAUCCCAGACUAUUUGCUUUCCAGGUCCCUGAGACUGAAUGUCCUCAAGUUCUAUGUGAAUUCUGUGGCCAGAAAUUGAAGCCGUUUCCCUCCCACAAUCAGAUUCAAAACACCAGCAUUGAUGAGCUUUUUUGUUGCGAUCAGUACCAAAUUUUAUGGGAGUUCCUGUCAAGAGAAAGAGCCAAUAUUCUAGAAAAGAAGAGGUCUGAAAAAAUCUCUGUCGACCCACAUCCUCCUUUUGGAGACCAGGAAGAACGGGAGAAAGUCAAGCAGAGAGCAGCACAAAGACUGCGAGAACGAGAAAUGGAAAAAUACUAUCAGAUUGAAGACACUGCUGGAAACUAUUCUAAUAAUUCAAAGCAAUUCAGAACAAUCUCUUAUCAGCUGUCAAGAUGUGCACCCAAAGAUGGCAACUGGACUCUGAUUCCAAAAGAUGAAACUGAAGAAAUAAUACAAAAUGAAGAGGGAGGGAGCAAUGAAGAAGAGAAUGAGUUCUUUAUGAAUGUGGGAGACUUCACUGUGGUACCAUACAAAGAUAAAAAGCUUCCAUUUACAGAAAAGUAUUAUACAAAUGGAAAUAAAUUUCUAACACUAUUCUCUGAUGGAACAGCUCAAGUUUUUUACCCUUCAGGAAAUUUAGCAGUUCUUGUCACACUAAGUUGUAAAAGGGAAUUUGUGUGUCUGGUGCUGGAGGAUAAAGCCAAUGAUGCAGCAAUCCAAGCAGUAUUCGACUCCCAGGGAAAGGGAACCUGCUACUAUCCCAAUGGAGUUGUCUGGUUAAAUAUUAAUAUCCAUGGUGGGAUGUACUUAAAUGAAAAUGGAAAAAAAGUCAAACACUGGUGGUGGAAUGAAAGUGCAUCUCUUAGUAAUUCUGCUCCACUAAAACCAAUCUUCCUCUCCCUGAACAAUCAUACUGGUGUGAGAAUAUUGGGACAAGACAGGAUUUUCAUCUCCUUUUUGGCAAUGGGAAAACAAAUCAAAUUUAAUGUAGGAACGAAAAUGCAGUUAAAGGACCAAAGAACACAACCUGCUGUUAAAUCACAAAUAACAACUGAUGACCUCCUACUGCUUGCAAGCAGAAUAAAAGUUGAAAAAACCUUAUUCAAGAUGUACAUGCUGCUGACCUUUCCUGUAAAUAAUCAGCUAGAAAAGAUACACCUUCCACAAUACCUGACAUCUUUGAGUAAGAAACUCUUGAGUCUUUGUGAGACUUUCAAACUGGAAAAACAUGAACAAUCUUUUAUUAAUGGCUCCCUAGAGGGCUGCCUAUGACUUUGUUCACAAAUAAAAACUGGAAAAGAAGCUAGAGACAUUUUUAACAAAAGUUAACCCAUUACAAACACUUUUAUUUUGUAUAAAGGGCAUCUAUAAUGAACAGCAUAACCAGCCAUAAACGGUACAGAAAUAUAUGUGUUUCUACAUUUUUACAUUUGGCAUACUAAAAUGGUAAGUACAGCCACAAAAACGA